AUGCAUAUCUAUCUAUCUAUCUAUCUAUCUAUCUAUCUAUCUAUCUAUCUCACUGACUGCAUAUCUAUCUAUCUAUCUAUCUAUCUAUCUAUCUAUCUAUCUAUCUAUCUCACUGACUGCAUAUCUAUCUAUCUAUCUAUCUAUCUAUCUAUCUAUCUAUCUAUCUAUCUAUCUAUCUCACUGACUGCAUAUCUAUCUAUCUAUCUAUCUAUCUAUCUAUCUAUCUAUCUAUCUAUCUAUCUUACUGCAAAACAACUGAUUCGCUGUCCUUUACUUGCCGUUCAGUAUUGCUACCGUGGUCAGUGCGUGAAGGGUGAAUUCAAACCAAAAAGUGUGGACGGAGGCUGGAGUGAGUGGACGAGUUGGAGUAACUGUUCCCGUAUGUGCAACGGAGGGGUAGAAGCAAGUGAGAAACACUGCAACAAUCCAAAACCAAAACAUGGAGGUCGUUACUGCAUUGGCAAAAGGAAACGUUAUCGCUCCUGCAAUACACACGAUUGUCCAGCGGACGAAGUCGAUUUCCGAGAGAUUCAAUGUGACUCUUACAACAGUGUUCCUUUCCGUGGCCGUUACUACAAAUGGAAACCAUUUACAGGAUCCCAUGUGAAGCCUUGCACACUCAACUGCUUAGCGGAGGGAUACAACUUUUACACGGAACGUGCUCCCAAAGUAAUUGAUGGGACAAGGUGCUUUCCCGACAAAUUGGAUAUUUGCAUAAAUGGUGAAUGUUGGCAUGUCGGGUGCGAUCAUGUUUUGGGCUCGUCUGCCAAAGAAGACAAAUGUCGAGUGUGCGGUGGCAAUGGAUCGACUUGCAAAACUAUUGCUGGAGUCUUUGAUCAGCCGCUAUUCAAGGGAGUCAAAAAGGUAGAAACAUCUGUUCUCAUUCUAUCUAUCUAUCUAUCUAUCUAUCUAUCUAUCUAUCUGUCUGUCUGUUCUGUUUCUAUUCAUAUCUAUCUAUCUAUCUAUCUAUCUAUCUAUCUAUCUAUCUAUCUAUCUAUCUCAGCCUCUGACUAUCACGAAGUGGUUAGAAUUCCGCAGGGGGCCAUGAAUAUCAGAGUUGUGGAAAAAGUCUCCACAAAGAAUUACUUGGCUCUGAAGAACGAAGGAAGUGUUUAUUAUAUAAAUGGAGGCUGGACAAUCGAUUGGCCUCGAAAAUUUGCUGUUGGAGGAACAAUUGUCCAUUAUGAUCGUCCAUCAGAUGAGCCGGAAUCAUUUUACGCUUUGGGUCCAAUUAUGGAAAAUUUUGUUGUCAUGAUACUUCUUCAAGAAGAGAACCCAGGCAUUAAAUAUGAAUACACCGUUCCAUUUCUACCAAAUGAUACAACACACGACGUGUCUAAAUAUAUUUGGAAACAUACCGAUUGGACGGAAUGCUCCAAGUCUUGCGGGAAAGGUCAAAGCGUGUCCACUCCAAUUUGCCAAUUGGAAGAAGACGGAUCACCGGUCAAUGAAGCUUUGUGUUCCCCACAGCCAAAGCCUGGGCAGUUAAAUCGCUGGUGUAAUCGACAACCUUGCCCACCACAGUGGAUGACGGGCAAUUGGUCCGCUUGCACCCAGACUUGCGGUAAUGGUGGGAUUCGCCGUAGGACCGUCAUGUGCGUCCAGGUGAUUGAUGAUCACGAACGAGUGAUUCUUGAAGAAAGAGACUGCCAAGGGACAGGAGUGAAACCCGUGAUCGAAGAAAAGUGUAACAACCAUGCGUGUCCCACCAUCUGGGUGGGUCUGGAAUGGUCUGAGUGUGUACCAGCUUGCGGUAACCGUCGGCGGAAAACCAGGCAAGUUUAUUGCUUGGAUAGCAAUAGUCGUACUUACGUGGACGAAGGACAGUGUGAUCCAAGUACAAAACCAGCAAGCCAAGCUAGAUGCGAAAGUACAAGUUGUGAGGACGCCGACUGGGAUACAGGAGCUUGGGGUGUGUGCACAGUGACAUGCGGUGUGGGAGAACAACACCGGAAAGUUCAGUGCAGAACUUCCGCCGGUGUUCCAAGUGAUUUGUGCCCACCAAACGCAAGACCGCCUUCUAAGCAGGAAUGUCGAACAACAUGCCCACAGGAAGAGCAAGAGAAAGAGGAACACGAGGAAUACACUGAGGAAUGUGUAGAUAAAUAUCACGUAGCCUAUUGUCCACUUGUUGUCCAGUCUCGCUUUUGCAGUCCUUCUCUCAUAAGAAAUAAUGUUACAUUAAAUCUAUCUAUCUAUCUAUCUAUCUAUCUAUCUAUCUAUCGUUUUUUUUUAACUCUUAACCCACUAGAGUCGCCCAUUCACAUCGGCGAGGUGAAGUGUAUAUCUAUCUAUCUAUCUAUCUAUCUAUCUAUCUAUCUAUCUAUCUAUCUCGGUCCAUUCAUAUAUUGUCUCUGUGAGUCUAUUCAUAUCUAUCUAUCUAUCUAUCUAUCUAUCUAUCUAUCUAUCUAUCUAUCUAUCUAUCUAUCUCAAUCUGGUUCAUAUCUAUCUAUCUAUCUAUCUAUCUAUCUAUCUAUCUCAACAUGUUAUCUUUAUACCGGAAAUAUUUUACUUCCUUUCAUGCGGAGGAAGAACGUGACCAGACUGCUUUUCUUUCUUUCUUUCUUUCUUUCUUUUCUUUUUUUUUCUUUUUUUUUUACACCCAAUUCAUUCAUUCUUUCUUUUCUUUCUUUUCUUUUCUUUCAUUUUUCUUUCUUUCUUUUCUUUCUUACACCCAAUUCAUUCUUUUCUUUCUUUUUUCUUUCUUUGCAUUUUCUUUUCUUUCUUUCUUUCACACCCAAUUCUUUUCUUUCUUUCUUACACCCAAUUCUUUUCUUUUCUUUCUUUUCUUUCUUUCUUUUCUUUUUUUUUUUAUUCUUUCUUUCUUUCUUUCUUUCACCCAAUUCUUUUUCUUACUCCAAUUCAUUCAUUCUUUCUUUUUUCUUUCUUUUUCUUAGACAAUUCUUUCUUUCUUUUAAUCUAAUCAUUUUCUUUCUUUUUUUUUCUUUUUUUCUUUCUUUUCUUUUUUUCUUUCUUUCUUUCUUUUCUUUUUUUCUUUUCUUUCUACUUUCUUACUCCAAUUCAUUCAUUCUUUUCUUUCUUUUCUUUCUUUCUUACACCCAAUUCUUUCUUUCUUUCUUUCCAAUUCUUUUCUUUCUUUCUUUCUUUUUUCUUUUCUUUCUUUCUUUCUUUUAUUCUUUCUUUCUUUCUUUCUUUUCACCCAAUUCUACUCUUUACAAUUCAAUUCAUUCAUUCUUUCUUUUCUUUCUUUUUUUUUACACCCAAUUCUUUUUUUUCUUUCUUUCUUUUCUUUUUCUUUCUUCUUUUCUUUAUUUUAUUCUUUUUUCUUUUCUUUCUUUUCUUUCACCCAAUUCUACUUUUACACCCAAUUCAUUCAUUCUUUCUUUCUUUCUUUCUUUUCUUACCCAAUUUUCUUUUCUUUCUUUCUUUUCUUUCUUUCUUUCUUUUUUUUUCUUUCUUUUUUCUUUUUAUUCUUUUCUUUUCUUUCUUUCUUUCUUUCAAUUUACUUUUUCUUACACCCAAUUCAAUUCUUUCUUUCUUUUCUUUCUUUUUCUUAUUCUUUUUUCUUUCUUUCUUACACCAAUUCUUUCUUUCUUUUUUUCUUUUUCUUUUUCUUUUCUUUUCUUUUACACCCAAUUCAUUCUUUUCUUUCUUUCUUUCUUUUCUUUCUUUCUUUCUUUUCUUUUUCUUUCACCCAAUUUAUUCUUUCAUUCAAUUCAUUCAUUCUUUCUUUCUUUCUUUUCUUACACCCAAUUCUUUUCUUUUCUUUUCUUACACCCAAUUUCUUUCUUUCUUUUUCUUUCUUUCUUUCUUUGA